AUGGAACUGCUGGUCUUUCACCACAGGUGUUCCAUUCUUUUGUUGUGUCAACUCAGGAUCUGCUUCUGUCGUGGAUCCGCUAAGGCGAAAAAGGGGCAGGCGGCGUUGCAUGCCUCUGGCUUCAAGGACUUCUUGCUCAAGGCGGAGCUGAUUCGCGCGAUCGUGGAUUGCGGCUUUGAGCAUCCCUCAGAGGUGCAGCAUGAAUGCAUCCCGCAGGCCAUCUUGGGGACGGACGUCCUGUGCCAGGCCAAGAGCGGAAUGGGGAAGACCGCGGUCUUCGUGCUGGCCUGUCUUCAGCAGGUGGAUUCCUCUGAAAAGGCAGUGCGAACGCUGGUCAUUUGCCACACGCGUGAGUUGGCCUAUCAGAUCAAGCACGAGUUCGAGCGCUUUGCCAAAUACUUCCCGGAGAUCAAGACGGCGGUGGUCUAUGGUGGAACGCCCAUGUCGAAGGACAAGGAAAUGCUGAAGGACUCCUGCCCGCAUAUCCUCAUUGGCACACCCGGGCGGGUGCUUGGACUCCUCCGUGAGAAGGACUUGAAAUUGGAUAAGAUCCAGCAAUUUGUCUUAGACGAAUGUGACAAGUGCUUGGACAAGGUGGACAUGCGCAAGGACGUUCAGCAGAUCUUCGUGGAAACUCCCAAGAAGAAACAGGUGAUGAUGUUCAGCGCCACGAUGUCGGCGGAGACCCGACAGCUUUGUAAGAAGUUCAUGCAGGAGAUGGGCCCGUCCGAUCCACAUGAGAUUCGGGUGGAUGAAGAGUCGAAGCUCACCUUGCAUGGACUCUUGCAGUACUACGUGAAACUCACCGAGAAGGAGAAGAACCGGAAGUUAAACGAUCUUCUGGACGCCUUAGAGUUUAACCAGGCAUUGCAGACCGAGUGUCUUUCUCUCUUUGGGGAGCGUCGACGGUGA